AUGCGUUCGACCUUGAGUGUGAUCUGCCUCCUGGGGCUUCUCAUAUCCUUCGUGUGCGCGGCUCCGGCCCCGAAUACUAUUCAGAAACGGUCUUUUAAGGUUGAGCGUGUCCGCAACGCAGCGUAUGCUGGCCACAAUACUCCGAAGCAGCUGAUGAAAGCUCAUUUAAAGUACGGAGUCCGGCCGCCACAGAACCUGGUCGCGCACCUCAACGCACAGGAGGUCGCCCGCCUAGAAGCUAUCACGCAAAGCAAGAGACGAAGGGUUCACAAGCAUGGCAAUGGCAGUGGCAAUACUGCCGGCAACGGCAACGCCGCCGGCAACAGCAACGCCGCCAGUAACAGCAACGCCGCCGGCAGCGGCAACAGAAACGGAAACAAAAACAGCAACGCUACCGGCAACAGCAAUGCCAAUGCCAACGGCAAAGCCAAUGGCACAAGCACAGCUACCAUUGACAACGGCAACAGCACUACUGGCGCCACCACCUCUACCACAUCAUCUACCAACUCGACGUCUACCAACUCGACGUCUACCCACUCGACAUCUACCAACUCAACCUCAACCAACACGACCGCCGCCGCUGCUAUCGGAAGCGGUGUUGGUAUUGUGAUCAACACGCCAACUUCUGGAGAUGUCGAAUACCUUUCUCCCGUGAGCAUUGGUGGCCAGACACUCAACAUGGAUUUUGACACCGGCUCAUCGGAUCUCUGGGUCUUCAAUACCGGCCUGUCUGCUGCUCAAUCCAAGGGUCACACCCUCUUUGACUCCACCAAGUCGACCACGUUUACCAAGCUGACUGGCCAGACCUUCUCCAUCUCCUACGGUGAUGGUUCUGCUGUCUCUGGCACGGUGGGUACUGAUGUUGUCAACAUUGGCGGGGCAUCGGUGGCCAAGCAGGCCGUCGAGCUGGCUACUCAAGUGUCGAGCUCGUUUGUUGCGGAUACUGCAAGCAACGGACUUGUCGGUCUGGCCUUCAGCAAGCUGAACACGGUGAAGCCGAAGCGGCAGAAGACCUUUUUCGACAACGUCCAGAACAGCCUGGCGGCGCCCGUGUUCACAGCCAAUCUACGCCACGAUGCGGCUGGAUCGUACGAGUUUGGUACCAUCGACUCUACCCAGUUCAAUGGCACUAUGCAUUUUGCCGCUGUCAACACGUCACAGGGCUUCUGGCAGUUUAGCAGCAGCAAGUUUGCUAUUGGCAAUGGUGCUGUGCAGACCGGCGGGGCAGGUCAGGCCAUUGCCGAUACCGGCACCACGCUGCUCCUGGCCAGCGACAAAAUUGUUACUGCCUACUACUCAAGCGUGACGGGUGCCCAGAACAACCAGCAGGCAGGUGGUAUCACUGUCCCCUGUAAUGCUAACCUGCCGGACCUGCACCUCGACGUCGGCGGCAACAUGGCCACGGUCAGGGGCACGGACAUUAUGUUCGAGCAGGUUACGGGCAACACCUGCUUCGGUGGUCUGCAGGCCAUCGAAGGUGACCUGAUGAUCUUUGGUGAUGUCUUCUUCAAGUCCAACUUCGUUGCCUUUAACCUGGGUAACAACACUGUUGGGUUUGCGAGCCACGCUUAA